GAGCGCUAUUGAUUCCCGUUGAGGGGCAUUCUGGUAAAUUAAUGCUCCCCGCGCACGUCUCCCGGGGUUCGAAAAAAUACUACUCGUUUGGCUCUAAAAUGGAAAAUCAAACGGUAGUUUCCAUUUCAGCACCGCCUUUUCCGAUUUGCUUUAGAGAUUCUUUGAUUUGGCGAUGAAUUACGAGCGGAGAUUAAUCGCCGCAGCGAAGUUUGUCUACAACGGCGAUGAUUCAGCGGUCAAUACCGUUGACUUGGGAGUGAAAGCGAGUCUUAAACCUCACCAAAUAGAAGGAGUGUCAUGGCUCAUUCGAACAUAUCUUUUAGGCGUCAACGUCAUUCUCGGGGAUGAGGUAUACACAUUUGGAUAUACACAAUUGUGCUCAACAUUUAACAAGUUCCUUUUUUAGAACUUGCUAUAAGUUUUCUAUUUCUGGAGUUUUUAUGGAUCAGAUCAGAAUUCUGUGCAGCAAGUAGUUAAAUUUGUUUUAGUAAAUUGGAUUAGGCUGUAAUUAAUGGCUUAAUUUGUCACCCAAGUUUUGAGUUCUCCUUUAUUUGUCUUCUUGAUAUGAUCUUCCUUUUGGAUACUCUGAGUUCUGGCUGUGUCCACGGGUGCUUGUUAGACAAAGAUUUAAAUCCGUAAGAGAACUUCAUGUUGAUUGGAAGAUUUUGGAGCCUUGACUAAACGAAACAUAGGUGAAAACUAAGUGGUCUCUGCUAGGCAGAAAUCUUUUGCUUACUUGAAUCUCCUUCCUCAAGCUUAUCUAGGUUGGGCAGUAUCUCUAACUGAUGGGGUUGGGGAAGACUUUGCAAGCUAUAUCUUUGCUGAGCUAUCUGAAAGUCUAUCUAAAGACCCCUGGACCAUUCUUGGUACUCUGUCCUCUUAGUGUGACGGAUGGUUGGAUGUCUGAAAUGGCCAAUUUCGCCCCAAAAUUGAGAGUGCUAUCCUAUACUGGAGAAAAGGAGCAUCGAUGCAACUUACGUAAGAAGAUGUAUGAGCAUGUGAACAAGCAGGCGUUUUCUGAUGCAAAAGCACUACCUUUUGAUGUGCUGUUGACUACUUACGACAUACUAUUACUUGAUGAAGAUUUUCUAUCCCAAGUUCCCUGGCGUUAUGCAAUAAUUGACGAAGCACAGAGGCUCAAGAAUCCAUCUAGUGUCCUGUAUAACGUGCUCAAAGAGCAUUUUGUUAUGCCAAGGAAAUUGUUAAUGACUGGCACUCCCAUACAAAACAACCUUUCAGAGCUUUGGGCUCUAUUGCACUUCAGUAUGCCUUCAGUUUUUGGAACGCUGGAGCAGUUCCUCUCUUCAUUCAAGGAAGCUGGAGAUCCUUCAUGCCCUGAUGCAGACAAAGCUAAGGAACAAUUCAAAAUUUUGAAAUAUGUGAUAGGAGCAUUUAUGCUCCGAAGAACUAAAUCUCAGCUUAUCGAGUUGGGGACUCUUGUGCUGCCACCUCUUACUGAGAUUACUGUGAUGGCACCUUUGGUUGCCCUGCAAAAGAAGGUGUAUAUGUCCAUAUUAAGGAAGGAGCUGACUCAGCUGCUAGCACUUGCUUCUGGAGCAUCCAAUACUCGGUCAUUACAGAAUAUGGUAAUUCAACUACGAAAAGCAUGUAGUCAUCCUUACCUUUUUGCCGGUAUAGAACCGGAACCAUAUGAAGAGGGAGAACACCUAGUUCAGGCUAGCGGCAAACUGCUAAUUUUAGAUCAUCUUCUUCAAAAAUUUCAUGCAUAUGGGCAUAGGGUUCUUCUUUUUGCUCAGAUGACUCAAACACUUGAUAUAUUGCAGGAUUAUCUGGAAUUGAGGAAAUAUUCUUAUGAGCGUCUUGAUGGUUCAAUUCGUGCGGAAGAGCGGUUCGCUGCAAUCAGGAGCUUCAGUCACCAGUCAGUCAAUAAAAGAUCAAAGUCUGAAGCCGAACAAAAUGCAGCAUUUGUUUUCUUGAUUUCAACAAGAGCUGGUGGAGUUGGAUUGAAUCUUGUGGCUGCUGAUACAGUCAUAUUUUAUGAGCAAGAUUGGAAUCCCCAGGUAGACAAGCAGGCCUUGCAGCGUGCUCACCGAAUUGGUCAAACAAACCACGUGUUAUCGAUAAAUUUAGUCACAGAGCAGACAGUUGAGGAGGUCAUCAUGCGUAGAGCUCAACGGAAGUUACAGCUUAGCUACAACAUUGUAGGAGAUGAUGUCUUGGAACAGGAAGGGAAAGAGAUGGCAGGAGCUGAAGCUAGUGACUUGCGAUCUGUUAUACUUGGCUUGCAUAUGCUAGAUCCUGAAGAGGUAACCAAUGAAGAAUCAGAUCAACUUGAUAGUACUGAAUUGACUGCAAUGGUAGAAACAAUUAUUGCAUUUCGCAAUAAAGAGCGUUCAGUCAAAGAUAACAAGUUGGAGGUUAAGCCAGUUAACUUGUUAAGUGAGUUCAAUGUUGUUAUGAAAAGGGGUCCAGAGUCCGUUAAGCUUGAUCAAGUUCUUGAUGAAGCUUCAUAUCUCGAGUGGGUUAAGAAAUUCAAGGAGGCAGCACAAACCAACCAAAAUACAAUUUUCGAGCUGGGAGAUAGGAGAAGCUUGCCUGAAGAAAAGCAUCUAAAAGCUGAAGCUGCAAAGAGAAAGGCAGAGGAGGAGAAAUUUUCAAAAUGGGAAGCUCUUGGAUACCACUCAUUAUCGGUCAAAGAUCCUAUAUCAGCUCCGGAUACUGAUAUCUCCUCCGAUUCUGGAGCUGUUCACUUUGUUUACGGGGACUGCACCCGUCCUUCUAAAGUGUCUCCAUCAGAGCCAACCAUUAUAUUCAGCUGUGUUGAUACAUCAGGAAACUGGGGCCAUGGGGGUUUGUUUGAUGCAUUGGCAAGACUGUCAACUAGUGUACCCGCUGCAUAUGAGCGAGCUUCUGAAUUUGGUGAUCUUCAUCUAGGCGAUCUCCAUCUUAUAGAGAUAACAGAGGAUGUCGCUAAUGGCAGUGAUUCACCUCAUGCUCCUCAAUGGGUAGCUUUAGCUGCUGUGCAGUCAUACAACCCUAGGCGCAAAGUCCCACGUGGCAGUAUCUCCAUCCCUGACUUGGAGAGAUGUCUGUCAAAAGCAUCGUAUUCAGCUGCUCAGAAGUCUGCAUCAAUCCACAUGCCAAGAAUCGGUUAUCAGGAUGGUUCUGAUAGGUCAGAAUGGUAUACAAUUGAACGUCUGCUGCGGAAGUACGCUGCUCUCCACGGCAUAAAUAUUUUUGUCAUGCACAUAAUAGGGCAUGCCUUUGCAGUUUACCUCUUCUCUAAAGGGGAAAGAGCAGCCAAAAUCCAGCCUUUGCAGUUUACCUCUUCUCUACAGGGGAAAAAGCAGCCAAAAUCCGUUUUCUGAGUUGGUUCAAGUAUUAUUUCCGACGUUCAGCACAGAGCUAAGAGAUGAAUACCUCGGUGUUCCAUCAGCAAUUGGACAACAUCAGGGAACAGUCCCGUAAGUGCAGAUUUUGACCUUAUGCAGCAUGAAGUUGAUCAGUCUGGAACAUUCUAGAUGUCCAAAUGGAGAAUACCUGUCUCCCUUUGGUCAAGAUGUAAGGUAAGCAAGCCAAUUUGAUGUAGAAACCUCCUUCGUGGAGGUUUAUGUUUUCUCAGGCUGUUAGUUAUGGUCAAAGCAAAUGCCUAUACAAGCUAAUCCAUGGUUCGGUAGCUAGAAGUUGUUUGUACAAAACACUCGUACUGGGUACUUUGUAAAUAUUUGCACCUUAUCACUUAACUAUGCUAAAUGAAUGUGCUUUGGCGUAAACAACUAGUGUGAAUUAGUGAUGA